AUGACGAAGCGCACCCUCGAGCUUGUCGUGCCCGUGGCUCCCCAGCAUCGCCUGGACGAGGUGGCCGUGCUGAGCUACCUCAAGCAGCACGUCAGGAACGUGCCGGCGAACGCCGACGCGCUGAAGAUAUCGCAGUUCGGCCAUGGUCAGUCCAACCCCACUUACCUCCUGGAAGUGUCUUCCGCUCAUCAUGGCUCCCAGCCCGCCAGAUUCGUGCUCCGAAAGAAACCCCCUGGUCACCUGCUCAAGUCCGCCCACGCCGUGGAGCGAGAAUUCCAGGUCCUGGCAGCGCUGGGCUCACAGGCUGGAGGGGCAACUGUGCCCGUGCCAGCAGUGCACGCCCUCUGCACCGACCCCUCCGUUAUAGGCACGCCCUUUUACAUCAUGGACUUCGUCCCUGGUCGCAUCUUCACCAACCCUUGCCUCCCUGUGAGCCCCUCGCCUCCCUGCACUCUUUCCUUGCUGGAUCUCACUUCCGUCCUUCUUUUCUUUCUUCCCCAUCCACCCAACCAGGAUCUACCACCUGCCGCCCGGACGCAGAUCUACACCGCCAUGGCCGGCACCCUUGCCGCCCUGCACUCCGCCCGCCUGCCCCAGCUACAAAAAGAUGGGUUCGGCCGCCCGGACAGCUACUGCCGGCGGCAAGUGGAGCGGUGGGCAAAGCAGUACGAGGCGUCAAUGAAAUCCAUAGGGGAGGAAUUUAGGGAGGAGGAUGGGAGGAUGAGGGGGCUGAUUGCGUGGCUGAGGGAGAAUGUGCCCGGGGAAGAUGCAGCAGCAGAGGGGGUGAUGCGAGGCGUGGUGCAUGGGGACUUUCGGCUCGAUAACCUCGUGUUUCACCCCACAGAGCCGCGAGUGGUGGCAGUACUGGACUGGGAGCUCUCGACCCUGGGAAACCAGAUGUCUGACGUCGCGUACUGCUGCCUCCCAUACCACCUGCCGCCAUCCCAGCCGGGGGCCAUGCUGCCAUCCCUAGGCAUCACCCAACUGCCCGGUGGGCCUCCAGCAGGAUCUCUGCCCGGUGGGCCUCCAGCAGGAUCUCUGCCCGGUGGGCCUCCAGCAGGAUCUCUGCCCGGUGGGCCUCCAGCAGGAUCCCUGCCCGCUGGCAUCCCCUCUGAGGCGCAGUUCGUGCGCGCAUACUGCCACGAGAUACAGCGCCUGCAGGGCGUCAGCCUAUGGCCCGGUGACACAUGGCGCUUCUACGUGGCCCUUUCGCUGUUCCGCGGCGCUGCUAUCUUCACGGGGAUUUACCAACGAGCACUGCAGGGCAAUGCAUCCUCCAGCAGGGCAGGCCAGGCCGGCCGUCAGGUGGCGGGUCUGAUAGCAUGCGCCCUGCACGUGGUGCACUCGCCCCCCUCCAUUCCUGCCCGACCACCACAAGGCAGCAGCAGCAUCAGUGGUUCAAGCGGCGCAGUGGGUAUUGCAGGGGGUUGGGAUGGAUCCAGUGCGGUUCCAGCAUCGCCAUCCCAUCCUGUGGGGCUGGCGCCCAGCCCGCGAGCCGAGGCACUGAGGAGGCGAGUGGCGGAGUUUGUAACGCAAGAGGUGUUGCCUAUAGAGGGGAUAUUGGAGGAACAUGCAGUGGGGGAGGCACGGUGGACUAUUCACCCCCUGGUGGAGAAACUGAAGGGGAAGGCCAAGCAGGCUGGGCUCUGGAACCUGUGGAUUCCCGCUCUGGAUGCGGGAGUGCCAGUGACGCCUGUCCUUGGGGAGUGUCAGAGCCGGGGGCUGCUGGGGGCGGGGCUGUCGAAUCUGGACUAUGCGCACGUGUGCAAGGAGAUGGGCAAGAGCGUGUGGGCGCCUGAGCUCUUCAACUGCUCUGCGCCCGACACCGGCAACAUGGAGGUUCUCUUGCGCUACGGCAACGAGCAGCAGCAGCGGGAGUGGCUGGUGCCUCUGCUGGAGGGCAAGAUCCGUUCGUGCUUCGCCAUGACAGAGCCACGAGUGGCGUCCAGCGAUGCCACCAACAUCGAGGCUCGGAUAGAAAGUGCGGGCGACCACUACAUCCUACACGGCCACAAGUGGUGGGCCAGUGGCGCCAGCGACCCGCGCUGCAAAGUGGCAAUCUUCAUGGGCAAGCACCCCGAGCGAGCUGCUCCCUCCGGCCCCCACUCCGCGCCCGCACACAGGCAGCAGUCCAUGCUGCUCGUGCCCAUGAGUGCUCCUGGGGUGACUGUAGUGCGCCCACUGCUGGUGUUUGGAUAUGAUGAUGCGCCUCAUGGGCACUCGGAGGUGCUGUUUGAGGGGGUUAAGGUGCCCAAGACAAGUGUGCUGCUGGGUGAAGGCCGAGGCUUUGAGAUUGCUCAGGGUCGUUUAGGCCCGGGUCGGCUGCACCACUGCAUGCGGCUCAUAGGGGCCACAGAGCGAGCCAUGGACUGCAUGCUCCAACGCGCACUCUCCCGGGUGGCGUUCGGGCGGCCGCUGGGCGGCAACGAGUCGGUGAUGAGGGAUACUGCCGAAUGCCGCAUCACGCUGGAGGCGGCGCGACUGCUGGUGCUGCAGGCGGCUGCUGAGUUAGACGCCAAGGGGAACAAGGAGGCCCGGAUCGCUAUCGCUAUGGCCAAGGUGGCUGCCCCCCGGGCAGCUCAAAAAGUUCUGGACAGGGCGAUCCAGGUGCACGGGGGUGGGGGGGUGAGCUCGGACUUCCCUCUUGCCCGCCUGUGGACAGCAGCUCGCACUCUGCGCAUCGCUGACGGUCCAGAUGAGGUGCACCUGGCCUCCAUUGGGAAGAAGGAGCUGCGAGAUUGGCAGAAGAGGAUGAUGGGGGGUGGGAGCAGUGGCAGCUCGGGUAAUAGUGGAGCGUCAGCCCGCUUGUAG